GUAUUUCGGGUUUCCGAGGCAAAUCCUUACCUACGCAUUUUUCUGUAUUUACUGUGAAGAUUUUUGUUCUUUUCCUGGUUUUAUUCUUCUUAUUUCUCAUCACUUCCACUGGCACCUGCAACACACCACAUUUUCUUUUCUGUUGCAGAACAACAACAACAACUAUGGGGGGAGUUGAGGGGAGGGGAUCACCUAAUCCAACCCUCGAUUCCUACACUCAUUCUAUUCUGGGUUCUUAAAUAUAUGUAUAUCUAUAUCUAUAGAGAAGUAAGUCACAUUCUUGGAAUUGCUGAUAUUAACAAUUGUGUCUUUCAAGAUUCAUUCUCGCGAGCCUUAAUCCCCAUUUUUUCUGCCUAAAAACUGGUGCUUUUUUUUUCAUUUUUUCUCUUCUUAGAAACCAUUCACGCACAGAAGCAGGAAACUUAUCUUCUCAAAUAAACGAAUGGCUGGUUCUUCAAAGAUUUUGUUUUGAGAGCUUCUAUGCUCCGUUUGGGUCCCAAACAUUUAAUUCUGCAUCUGGGUCUUCUUAAAAAUGUCCGCUUUAGAACUGCCCCACUUAGAUUUAGAAUGCGGCUGCCGGAGUACUGGCGGCGGCGCCACCAGCGAGGAGGAGGAGGAGGAGGAGGAGGACAGCGUCUGCUUCUCCGACGCCGAUGAAGGUUCUUGCAACUCCAAUUUCUAUUCGACUGCUGAUGGCGAUGGUUCUUACGAUGAUUACAACUUCGCCUGUGGGUCUGAGAUUCUGGAGGAAUCUGUCAGAGCUUCAUCGGCCGCUGAUCCUCGUAACUCUGUGGACUUGGAAAGGGGAGUGAUUGUCGAGAAGAAUCCCAAUUUGGGAACCCUAGAGAGGGAUUGCCGGAUUUGCCAUUUGAGUCUGGUGAGCAGCAGCCCAGGCGCCGGAAUUGCCAUCGAGCUGGGCUGCUCUUGCAAAGACGACUUGGCUGCUGCCCACAAGCAAUGUGCAGACACUUGGUUUAAAAUCAAAGGAAACAAGACAUGUGAAAUCUGCAAUUCAGUGGCGCGCAACGUUGUUGGUCCUAACGACAUCGAGGCUGCUCAGCAAGGCGGCGAGGGAGUUGGUGCUACGGCGACUGCAACCUCUGCCGCGGUGGCAUCUGCUGCAGAAACAAGAACCUGCUUAAACGGCCACCGCUUCUUGAACUUCCUCCUGGCUUGCAUGGUAUUCGCCUUCGUCAUAUCUUGGCUCUUCCACUUCAACAUCCCCUCGUAAAAGCGGAUUGUGGAAGACAAGACGAAGAUGAAGGCAUUAAGGUCCAGUGAAAAUGGAUGGUAUGGUACUAUCAUCUGUAUCGAAUGGAUUGACCUCCAAUGGAGUCACAGCACAGCACAGCAACUUAUUAUAUUUCUCCGAUGAUGUGCAUGCAUGAGUUGUGUCCAGUUUUCCUUCUUUGACUGAAGCUCGAUCAAUUUAUAAUAUACAUAUACUGCUUGCAGUAUUAUUUAUUUGUGAGCUCUUAUGUUUGAUGAUAUCGACCUCAGCUAAGAUCCUUAC